AUGGGAAUAGAAACCCCUUUUGUAAUUCAUAUAUAUAUAUAUAUAUAUAUAUAUUUAUUUUUUUAAUGCAUCUUUAUUGUUAGUCAGUCAGUCAUUAGCAGUAAACUAAUGUACAAUAUGGAGAAAUGUAAUUUAAGGGACUGAGUGAAAAGUUGUGGGCCGCUGGUUAAUAUGAAGGCAGUGUUAAGUGGCACAUUACUAAGAGCUCUUAUUUCUUUACUGUUACACUUCAUAUAACUUUCCUGCUUGUGUUACAAGGCAGGUACCUUUUUUAUUUUUGUAACACAGAUUUUCUCUAUUAUCUAGUAAGUCAAUAGGCCUUACCUUUCACUGAGAAGGUGGUCCUCCUGUUUUCCUCCCCAUAUCAUCCUGGUUCCAAUAAAAAUAUUUUUCUCUCUGAAAGUUGACACUUGGAGCAGCAUUGAUCCCUGUAUGCUCUGCAGCAUUAUCCACCACACCCAGAAUUCAAACUUCGUCAGCUGCAUGUGAACAACCGCACAAACACGCCAGCGUCUUUUGCUUCACACUUGCACCUUAAGGCUGUAGCAGCAGCUGUACGGAGAGAAAACCUGCAGGGAUACACAUUAGGAAUUAAAGAUGUUUCGUAAGAAAAAGAAGAAGCGACCUGAGAUCUCAGCACCUAUGAACUUUGAACACAGAGUCCACACUUCCUAUGACCGCCAGAAGGACAAAUUUGUUGGACUUCCCCUACAAUGGCAGAGCGUCAUCGAGACACUGAAGAGGCCCAAGCCAGUGGUGAAUCCCUCACGUAUCACCACAGUGGAGCUCAAGACAAAGAAGAGUAUUGUGAGGGGAAGCACCAUUGCUCUGGACAACAGUCUGCUAGAUAUGAUUUCUGAUUUUAAUAAGAUUUCAGUCAUCAGCUCUAACUCUUUACGAAAGACAAGCCCAUCUGCAAGGAAGAGGGCCCAGUCUUUGGGGCGACUUGGGGAGAUCAGGGAAGAAGACAGGUAUCAGUAUGAAGACCUGAACAUGAUGUCGAAAUGCAAAGACCAGAGCAAUUGGAAGGAUCGCGUCCGAGAUGCCAAAAGUGAGAGUGGAAGCCCACACCUUAACACCAAAAAGAAUGGCCUAAUUGCAAGGGCCAAGUCUACUACUGAUGUGCCAGUGUCCAAUUUAGAAGACUCGAGCUCUUCUAGUAGAGACAUCAGUCUUCAUCUGAACUCUCAAGGCAUAAAUUGUCUGUCAGAUUCUGGAGAAAGGAGGACCGAUGCAACAAAAGAGGAUGUGGCAAGGAGGGCCAAGCAGCCUAAGAGGACUUCUCCUGACAAGAGACCCGUCUCUUGUUUUCUGAUGCCUGUGGGCCCUCGAGCUCCAGGUGAUUACAGUGAUAGCUCUGUCCCCAGUACUCCUGAGUCUGCUCCUAGGGAGAGAGUUCUGCACAGAACAGUGAGUGGCCCGCCAAGACCCUUGUCAUCAUAUGACAUGAAGGUCAAUAAUGCUCCCAGGCAUGGCCAAACUUUCCUGCCUAACGGCAGCAGUAGUCCUCUCAUUGCUGAUGCCCGAGUUCACCAAACAGCUAAAAAUGGAUCCAGUUUUACCAGAGGGAUGUCUGUCAGCCUGCCAUAUAGGAAUACAAGAACUAAUGACUCUGUGGUGGAGGAUGGGCCACCAAAGAUCAGACUGUCCCCGAUGGGAUCUCCAGACAUCCGGCUGGCUCCAGGUUGUUCUCCCAGUAUGACAUUCAAAAAGAAUGGUCCUUCUAGACCAAAGUCCCCUGUGCAGAACCCACCUAAUGUGAGUCAUGAGCAUUUUAAAGCCGCUCUCAAGAUGGUGGUGGACAAGGGAGACCCCAGAACCUACUUGAAGGACUUUGUCAAGAUUGGAGAAGGCUCCACUGGGAUUGUUUGUAUUGCCCAGGAGGUGCAUAGUGGGAGGCAGGUGGCAGUGAAAAUGAUGCAUCUACAGAAGCAGCAGCGGCGGGAGCUGCUCUUCAAUGAGGUCGUUAUAAUGAGGGACUACCAUCAUAAAAAUGUAGUGGAGAUGUACAAAAGUCAUCUGGUUGAUGAAGAGCUCUGGGUGGUUAUGGAGUACCUGAAGGGUGGCGCUCUCACAAAUAUUGUAUCUGAAACAAGGCUGAACGAGGAGCAGAUCGCCACUGUCUGUGAGGCAGUGCUGCAGUCUCUCUCCUACCUCCAUUCUCACGGGGUGAUACACAGGGACAUUAAGAGUGACUCCAUUCUUCUCACGCCUGAUGGCCGGAUAAAACUAUCAGACUUUGGUUUCUGUGCGCAGAUCUGCAAGGAUGUACCAAAGAGGACAUCACUUGUAGGGACACCAUAUUGGAUGGCCCCAGAAGUUAUCGCUAAAGCACCUUAUGGAACAGAGGUGGACAUUUGGUCACUGGGGAUCAUGGUUGUGGAGAUGGUGGACGGAGAGCCUCCGUAUUUCAGUGAAACGCCAGUACAGGCCAUGAAAAGGCUAAGAGACCAGCCGGCACCAACAGUUAGAAACAUACAAAAGCUCUCUCCCAUUCUGAAAGACUUCUUGGACCGGAUGCUUACCCGGGAUCCACUGGAGAGGGCGACUGCCACCGAGCUCUUGGAACACCCUUUCAUCCUCCAGAGUGGGACUCAGCAGUGCCUCGUGCCCCUGAUCGAGCAGUACCGCAAGCGCAUGUCCACCUGCUGACCUGCAGGGCGCCUCCUGGUGGUGUGGAAUUGCCUGGGUCACUGGAGUUUGUUGGCGGGAGCCCAUAAAUACACAGGAACCAUGCUAAAGAAAGGUUUAUCUCUGAGAACGACGGUCAUCACAGAGCUACUGAGGUGGGCAUACUGAUCAGUGUGGGGAGCAUGAGUGCCUGCUUUCUACUGAACAGGUGGUGCCACCAUCUGGGAUUCUUGCCUUUACUGCUGACUUGCACAGAGACAUUUGAGACCUGGGUUUAGCCAGGAAAGUUCUCAAUAUUUGGUGGCUCUUCUCGUAUUAUAUAAGUUGUUUUGGGGGGGGGGGACACAUCUCGAUGCUUUGUAAUAAAGGUAAGUGUAACAAGAAGGCAAGCACAGUAGAGGCUGAGAGAGUGCCAUGGUACGAGCCAGAGGCUCAGCUCUCUUAAGAUCUCCACUGGAUAAGCUCUCGCUUCUGACUCGGUGGCCCUGGGUUCACACCCUUAAUAUUGCAGUCUCAGGGAGGGCAGCCAGCCGCGAGUAGGGGUAUCACCCAGAGAGAUUCAUCGCUGCUGACAAUAGCCAAGCAACAAAUCCUUGCCACAGUAAAGGAGGUAUGACCAUCUUGGGAUGGCAUUGCUGCUCAACCCCCUUCCUCUUCUAUUUAAUGCGUGAGUGACACUCAAUUGCAUUCUCAUCCCUGACCUCAAAAAGAUCUCCGUUUUAGGGAGCACUCUGACUGGCACAUUGUGUAUUCAGUUUUGGGCUGCGUUUUUCCUGUAAUGCUGUCCAGCUCCAUCUCAUUUCAUGCCAUCCUCUCUCCCUUGUUCAAGCACUUUUACUUUCAUAGCCCGUAAAGUCAGAAAUAUCAGUUGAGGCAAAGCAGGCACAGUGUUUCUGUACCACCCGUCCACAGCUCCUGUGGUGGCUUACACAUCACCACCCACCCAUGAUGGCCAUCAAUAGCACCAGGAGGUCAUGGCUGGUACUCCAAUGGGCACACUCAAGACGCAGGAAUAUGUUGAAUCCAUGCCUGCUGUGUUAGCACAGGCCUACGGUGUGCUUAGGAGUGCUACAAGGCUCUGGUAUCGAAAAUACAGGAGGACCAUGGAGGACCAUAUUGGACUUUAGUGGGCUGUGUGGUGAACUUGAGGAGCUUCACCUCUAGUGUUGAGUGAAAUAGACAAGUUUGGAUUCACCAACAGUUUUGUGAUAAUUCAUUUUGCAAUUGUGAAAUUGCUUACAAGAGCUUUGGGAGUGUUUAAAGGUUAUUUGAGGUGGAAAACAAGGAAUACUGCGCCUGAAAACCUCAUCCACACUUUUGUGUUUACCCGUGUUCUCUUAUGCAGCUGCGUAAUGUAUGUAAUUUGUUGCAUGCUUGUCAAAUCAAUAUCCAUUUAUGCCUCCCAUUCACAUCACCGUAGAGGACUGCAGUGCUUUUUAAAAAAAAAUUUCUCAUUUGGCCAAUGCUCUUAUCCAAAGCGACUUACAACAUUUGAGAUACAAUU